AUGGGUCCAAACAAUUUCGUGCAACCCGGUUGCGAGCCGCGACUGGUGCACGGGUUCCAGAUGUCGCACCAUGAGGCCUCUCCCCUGCCGAACAGAGAAACGCCCAGCAAGCGACUCGAAAACUCCAGCCGAGCCGCCUCCUGUUCGUUAACAGCCUCAAGGCCGCCGCACACUCGUUCAACAUCUCGCGCCUUGCUUCUCAUAUUCGUUGCCUUCUGUUUCUGGACUUCCCUCAUUAAUACCGUCUCCGCUACCAAUGCCGAUCGCCCAGCAUUGCUCGCUGUCCACGUGGAAGACGACCUAGCCUGGAAAGGGUCAGCUCUAUACGUCGACCAUCAAGCACCGCCAACAGCUCCCUCGUUCAUGCCUCCGCUACAUAAUGAUCACGAUGGCAAGCAAGCAGCAAGGAGGGCAGUCAGCACGGAUCCCAGCGCUGGCAAAGGGGACUUUACUAUUCCUGAACCUUUCGACACCGGCCUUUCCAACAACUUGACAAACACGUGCGCAGCCUUUCUUCAACGGAUGCGCGGGGAUGCGUCCUUCAGGAAAUGCCACCCUUUCUCUUUACUCUUGCAGACUUCGAGCGGAUUUUUCGAUGCAUCAAAAUCGUACCUUCGUAUAACGCAAACAUUAGACGCGACCUGUGGAGUAAAUGCUUCACAAUGCAGACAGACAAUGGACAGUUUUGCGCGAGAGUUGCAAAUGGCAUCAGCAUGCAAACAAGACCUGGACAACGAUAUGCCUUUGGUCAUACAAGCCCUUAAUGGACUGGUCGCAUACCCCGUUGCAUACUCGGCGAGCUGCUUAAGAGACACCGAGGGGAGCUACUGUUUCGCCAACGCAGUCAGCAACACAUCGUCGCCCACAGACUCGUAUUCUUAUUACCUGCCAGUAGGACAAGAGCUUCCUGCUGGUUCGCGCCCUACUUGUAAUUCUUGUCUCCAAGAUGCGAUGGCAGUUUUUGCACAGUACGCCAAUAACGCUACGCAACCCGUCUCCAGGACCUAUGCCGCCGCUUCUCAGCAAUUGACGAUAGGCUGCGGGAGAUCAUUCGUGAAUGUAACCGCUGCACCACUCAAAGCGGCCGCACCCAUAACGACCACAUCGCUCACACCAACCCUUACUCUUGUUCUAAUGUUUAUACUCUACUUCUUCCAGUGA